GAGCCGAGACCACCUCGUGGAAGACCAACAUGUAUUAUCGCCAAAACAUUCAAGGGCAAGGGGGUGUCUGGAAUUGAAGAUCAGAUCAACUGGCAUGGAAAGCCUCUGGGUGGGGAAACAGAAAGGGCACUGGCUGAAAUCAAGGCCAUUAUUAAGAAUAAUGGACCUUACAACAUCACCCCACCCCAACCCAGUGGAACAGUUCAAGCAGCCAACAUCUCCAAUAUAGCUCUACCAGAACCUCCUAAAUAUUCUGAACCAGUAACAUGUAGAGCAGCUUAUGGUAAAGCCAUUGCUAAAAUAGGUCAAGCUAACAAUCGGGUCAUCGCCAUGGACGGUGACACCAAAAACUCUACAUAUUCCAUUAAACUUAUGGACGUAAGACCAGAUCAAUACGUAGAAUGUUUUAUAGCAGAACAGAAUUUAGUUGGAGUUGGUAUUGGCUGUGCUACUAGAGACCGAACUGUUGUUUUCCUCAGCACCUUUGCUGCCUUCUUCACCAGAGCGUUCGAUCAGAUUCGAAUGGGGGCCAUCUCUCAAACUAAUGUUAAUUUUGUAGGAUCCCAUGCUGGAGUAUCCAUUGGUGAAGAUGGACCUUCACAGAUGGCGCUGGAAGAUUUGGCCAUGUUUCAAUCCAUCCCAGGGUCCACUGUUUUCUAUCCGUCUGACGCUGUCUCCAUGGAACGAGCUGUAGAGUUGGCAGCCAACAAGUCUGGUAUCUGUUUUAUUCGUUCAAGUCGACCCAACAUACCAAUUCUUUAUGGUGCUGAUGAAGUUUUUAAAAUUGGUCAAGCCAAGGUUCUACGUAAAACUGAUUCUGAUCAAGUAACAAUAAUAGGAGCCUGUGUAACUAUUGUAGAGGCUCUGAAAGCAGCUGAUGAGUUGGCUAAGAGUGGAGUCAAUGUCAGAGUUAUUGACCCUUUCACCAUUAAACCACUAGAUGUCGCUGGUAUCAUACAGAACGCUAGAGAAACUGGUGGACGUAUUGUUACUGUUGAGGAUCAUUAUGUUGAAGGUGGAAUCGGUAGCGCCGUGGCCAGUGGGGUGAGUGAAUGCAGGGAUAUAAUCGUGAAGAAACUGGCCGUAAACGACAUCCCAAGGAGUGGAAAGGCAGCUGAAUUAAUCGAGAAAUAUGGAAUUGGAGCUAACAGUAUCGUUAAAGCAGUACAACAAAUUUUAACUCUAUAA